AUGCGACCUCUUCCCUUACUGGUGGCCCUCCUACCUUCUCUGGGUGGAGCGGUAAAGUUCGAACUCAUCAAGGGCACCUGCGACACUGGCUUCCAUCCCGAAGUCCCGGGAUCGUGGUCCUACGGCCUUAUCAAGCGUGUCGGCGACGACGGAUGCAAGGGCUGCAACCUCUCCAUGGAACGCAAGGACGGCGUGUGGUACGGACGCAGCCCAUGCAACCCAUGCAACGGGGGUAUUAUCUACGAGUUCGUGCCCAACGGAAGUGGAAGGAACAUCUACCGGGCGGGAAAUCGGAACAAGAUCAUUGGUCAUUGUGAGGGGAGAAACGGUCCCAACUCGGUCUGCAACGGCUGGAGCUAUUCCUGUUCAGGCGCGAUCCAUUACCUCUGCUCGGUCGACGAGUGUUAA